CCACAUUGCCAAGCGUGGUGAUUAUGGCAAAAACGUCCAUGGAGUCACACCCAAAGCCCCGCCCCCCAGUUCCCGGCAGCCCUACUAUUCCUGACUACGGCAGCGGUCUAGGUAACGGUAGGGCAGGGCGUGCGAAGAAUCCCCGGGUUACGAAUGGCUGCCAUCAACGACUACAACUGGCGACAUACAACGCAUGGACACUGAGAGAGGACGAGAAGAUGGUAGAACUCGAGGUAGAGCUUAGCAAAAUAAAAUGGGACAUCCUAGGGCUAUCAGAAGUCCAUAGAGAGGGCGAGGACACGAUGACCCUGGAGUCCGGCCACAUGCUCUACCAUCGCGAGGGCGACCAACUGUCCCAAGGUGGCGUAGGAUUCCUCGUCAACAAGACCCUUGUCAACAACGUAGUGGAGAUCAGCAGUGUGUCGAAUCGGGUAGCAUACCUAGUACUAAAACUAACCGAGAGGUAUUCCUUGAAGGUCGUACAGGUAUAUGCACCAACCUCGGCAUACUCUGACACAGAAUUCGAAGCAGUAUACGAAGAUAUCUCUAGAGCUAUCAAGUGUACUGCUAAGACCCAAUACACCGUUGUGAUGGGGGACUUCAACGCCAAAGUGGGAGUACAAGAAUGCGACGAAUCGAGGGUAGGACCUCAUGGCUUUGGUAGCAGAAACCAGAGAGGGCAAAUGCUUGUUGACUUCCUCGAAAGGGAGGGACCGUACUUGAUGAAUUCUUUCUUUGAGAAACAGCCCCAGAGGAAAUGGACAUGGGCAAGCCCCGAUGGUAGGACGAAAAACGAAAUCGACUUCAUUAUGACUGACAAGCGGCACAUAUUCAGAGAUGUCUCAGUGAUCACUAGAGAGAACUACAGAGCCGAUUCGAAUAUCUUCGUUCAGCAACUUGGGAGAAGCCACUUGACGAAGUUGAGGUCUGCAGAUGGAAAUAUCGUUGCCUCUAAGCCGGAGGUUCUUGCCGAAAUCGAAGGUUUUUACGGACAACUUUAUGCUUCACACGCGCAGAAGUCUGUGGCUCAGCUCACCGAUUCCAGAGCGCCACUAAUACGCCACUACACUGACGACAUCCCUGAUGACGACAUAAGCGAUAUUAGGAUAGCCAUUGAGCAGCUCAAAAACAACAAGGCUCCGGGUGAAGACGGAAUUACUACAGAGCUUCUGAAAGCUGGAGGUAUUGCAAUCCUCGAACAGCUCCAGAGGCUCUUCAAUUCGGUUCUUCACAAUGGCAUUACACCGGAGGCAUGGUCUGAGAGCGUCGUGGUAUUGUUCUUUAAGAAGGGUGACAAAACCCUUCUGAAGAACUAUAGACCGAUCUGGCUUUUAAGCCAUGUAUACAAGCGGUUCUCAAGGGUUAUCGCGAACCGUCUUGCCCAAAAGUUAGACGAGUUUCAGCCCCCAGAGCAGGCUGGGUUUCGAAAAAGCUUUAGUACAAUAGACCACAUCCACACAGUAAGGCAGAUUAUACAGAAGACUGAAGAGUAUAAUCAGCCUCUGUGUCUAGCCUUUGUGGACUAUGAAAAAGCCUUCGACUCCAUCGAGACCUGGGCAGUUUUGGGAUCCUUGCAGAGAUGCCAAAUCGAUUGGCGCUAUAUCGAGGUGUUGAGAUGUCUGUACAAUGCCGCUACUAUGACUGUCCAAGUACAGGACCACAAGACAAGACCUAUCCAACUGCAACGUGGAGUGAGACAG